AUGACUUUAAUGAAAAACGACCACUAAAUUCGCAUUUAGCUAAAUUUAUUAAAUCAACCUAUCUCGUACACUCAAAUAUUCUCUCUUCAUUCUCCUUCUUCCAUGGAAGCUCCUUUCAAAAUCUUUAACCCUUCCCUUUUCACUCCCAACUUAACAUUAACAACCCACAAAACCAAAACUACACCACACAUUUUCCCUUAUCAUUGUUACCAACGCAUCUCUCUCAGAAAAAUCUCUUCAACUCUAACUUGUUCUUCCCAUUCACCCAAUUCUCAAAAUCUUAACUUUUCAAACCCCACCAACAAUCUCAACAACCCAUUUCUCUCACUUUCACAAGGUCACUAUAUCGCUUGGAACCCAGCUUCUCAAAACGGGAAUGAAGAAGAAUUUUACGGUGGUAAAAACCGCGUUGUUAUGGUGGUUUUGUUGGGAUGGUUAGGAGCGAAAACCAGACACCUCAAAAGAUAUGCAGAGUGGUAUAAUUCGCGUGGCGUUCACGCGGUUACUUUCGUCGUUGAUGCAAAGGAGAUUCUUGGAUUUGACCUUGGGCGUAUGCUUGAGAAACGAACAUCUCUGUUUGCAGAUCAACUUGCUUCAUGGGUUUGUGAUGAGGAAAAUGAUGGGAGAGAAAGGUGUUUACUUUUUCACACUUUUAGCAACACUGGUUGGUUGAUCCAUGGUAUUAUUCUUGCUAGAUUAAUGGAAAGUCACGAUGUUAUGAAGAAUAUUAAAGGAUGCAUUGUUGAUUCUGGAGGUGCAGAACCUUUUAAUCCACAGGUUUGGGCUGCUGGUUUUGCUGCUGCUAUAUUGCAAAAACAUAGCUCUUCAACACAAGGCGUAGUCAAGCAUAAAUCAGAGGCAAAGAUUCAACAAAAUAAACCUUCCAUAAUUGUAAUUGUGGUGUUUUCACUAUUAGAGAUAAUAUUCUCAUUGAUUUUGAUGUUGCCGGAAUCGAAUCGGAGGUUAAAGAGGAUGUUCAAUCCACUUUCAGAUCACCAAGCUUGUCCUCAGCUGUACCUGUAUAGUACAGCUGACAAAGUAAUUCCGUUUCGAUUUGUAGAAGCAUUCAUUGAGGAGCAGAAGAAGAAAGGAAAAAGAGUGAGAUCCCUUAACUUUGGUUCAUCUCCUCAUGUUGAUCAUUAUAGGAGUUUUCCAGAUCUAUAUCUAUCUCAAGUUGACGAAUUCGUGAUCGACUGUUUCGAUACAAGCAGAACACAGAUGCAUGUGUUAAGUUAAGUUGCAGUCCCUUUGAAGAGUAAAAUUAUUUGAUGCAAUCAGUGCUAAUUUCACAAUAGCAUAAUUGUAUAGGAAAGGUGAAUUAGAGACAAGAUCCCUUAAUAUGUGGAUCCAAUAAUUUACCUUUACACUAUCAAUUAAUAUAGUUAAUGUAAUUACUGUCAGCAUUAUUUGUCUCUUUAUUUUCUU